CAAAGCCGAGCCAAUGCGCCGUGACAGUCGACACCAACCUUCGUGCACGAAGUACGCGUACCUAUUUACCGCAAAUAUGGCCAUCUGACGUUCGCGAUUUCAUAAAAAAACAUCAACAAACCCAAACCCUUUAACGAACUAUUAACUUCCCCGAAUAUCUUUUUUUUCCUGUGCGUGAAGUGAUCGCGUACAGAAGUUCGAAUUUUAAAUUGCGCGCGAUUAUUUUUAUUCUUUUUAUUUUCUUUUUUCAAAACAACCCGCAGUGAAAAUGGGUUUGAAAUCGGAAGACAACAAGAGACCGAGCAAGUUGGCGAUCAUGGACGACGAUUCGUCGGAUACACCACGUGGUCUCGGCACACGUCACUGGGUCACGUUCAUGUUGUUCCUGGGCAUGGCGAACGCGUACAUCAUGCGCACCAACAUGUCCGUCGCCAUCGUCGCCAUGGUGAACCACACCGCGCUGCCGGUCGUAGCGGAGGCGACCGACACUGAGUGCGGUGAUGUUGACCACAACACGACUAGUACCACACAAGACGGUUCGUUCGUUUGGACCUCCACGCUACAGGGGUACAUUUUGUCUUCCUUCUUCUACGGUUACGUCAUAACACAGAUCCCGUUCGGAAUAUUGUCAAAGAGGUUCGGAGCCCGUCUAUUCCUCGGGGUCGGUAUGUUGAUCAACUCCGUGUUCGGUCUGCUGGUGCCGGUCGCGGCUAAUGCUGGCUACGAGUGGCUCAUCUUCGUCAGAUUCAUACAGGGGCUGGGUGAGGGACCAAUCGUACCAUGCACCCACGCCAUGUUGGCCAAAUGGAUUCCACCUAACGAGAGGAGCAGAAUGGGUGCCGCUGUCUACGCAGGCGCCCAAUUCGGCACAGUAAUCUCGAUGCCGUUGUCGGGUCUGCUCUCGGCGUACGGUUUCGCCGGUGGAUGGCCGUCCAUCUUCUACGUGUUCGGAUUGAUCGGCACCGUCUGGUGCAUCGCGUUCCUGUUCUUCGUCUCUGAGGAUCCUGAGCACUGUCCCAACAUCAAGGAGGCCGAGAAGAAAUACAUCUUGAGCUCGCUGUGGGGCGCCGCUGGGUCUAGCUCGCCCCCGAUCCCGUGGAGCAAGAUCCUCUUGUCGAUGCCGUUCUGGGCCAUCAUGUUCGCGCACAUGGGCCAGAACUAUGGCUACGAGACGCUUAUGACCGAGCUGCCAACCUUCAUGCGACAAGUGCUGCACUUCUCUAUCAAGGAUAACGGUUUCGUGUCCGCGUUGCCGUACCUGUGCAUGUGGCUGUUCUCUAUGUUCAUCUCGGUGGUCGCCGACUGGAUGCUGUCGAGCGGAAGGUUCAACCACACCCAGGUCAGGAAGAUCAUCAACAGCAUCGGUCAAUACGGUCCAGCGGUGGGUCUGUUCAUAGCGGCUAACACUGGCUGCAACCCCGCCGCCACGGUCGCCAUCCUCGCCGCCGGCGUCGGCCUCAACGGUGGUAUCUACUCUGGUUUCAAGGUUAACCACUUGGACAUCUCGCCUCGUUUCGCCGGCAUCCUGAUGGCGUUCACCAACUGCCUCGCCAACCUGACCGGUCUACUCGCUCCCAUCGUCGCUGGAUACAUCAUUGAGGGCAGGCCAACUCAAACCCAAUGGAGAAAAGUAUUCUACAUAGCCGGUGGAGUGUACAUAUUCUGCGCCACAUUCUACAACAUCUUCGCUACCGGCAGAAGGCAAGACUGGGACAACCCCGCCAACGACGAGGCAAACGCGAAAAAGGCGGCCGCUAAGAAAGCCGAAAAACAAGAGAGGAAAGCUGCCAAGAAUCCGAAUCAAGCCGAAACCGCGCAAUAAAGUUCAAAAGUUGACUCCAACGCGCUGGCUGAAUACAACUGGAUAAAGCAUUAUGAGCGCGUCUAACGUGUGUUCUCUUUUUAAAAAAUAGUAUUAUUCCCGCUUAUUUUAUAAAAAUGGCGGCAGUUGUGUUUGCGCAGCGCAUUCAUCGUUUGUGAGUUUUGUAAUGUUAAGUGAGACUGUAAUUUUAACAAUAAGAUUUAAUUUUAGUUUAUUUUUUGUUGAUUUUAAUACUUCGUUUAUUAAUUUCCGAUAUUAUCUUUCAAAUUUUGACUUCAACUCGUGCAGUCUUUCAUCUUGUUGUCUAUAGUAUUUUGUCUUGUGAGAAAUACGUUAAAGACGCACAUCAAUAGGGCUGUGAUAAUAUCUUGUGUGUAUCAUAAAACACAAAAUAAGAACUCGCAAACGGUCAACUUUUAUCUUUGAUAUUUAUUAAAUUAAUUUAAAUUACCAUACAAGUAUUGUUAAUAAUAUUUUAUAGCUUGAUGUUAAUGGAGACGCAUGAAAGGGGGUAGUGUUAUCGGGUCCAAAUAUAAAACGUUUUGUAAAACCUAAUGUUACCGUCCUGUCCAGUGACCUUACAUUUUUUAAAUUUUCAUGGAUAAUGAUUGCACACUAAAUUAAUCGUGCCAUUAAAGCAUUUUAUACGACCUCUAUUCUGCAGAAACUCGAAUAUGUGUUAGGAAACAAGAUUUGAUAAGGGCUGUCCAUAGUUCACACUAAACUUGUCAUAGACUAAGAUUUAAUUUUUUCCAAAUACAUUUUCAAGUAGUUUGACCUGUACAAAUAUAAAAUCAACUCGAGCUGUUUAUCUUAGUCUAUGUCAAGAGUUUAGUGCCAAAACGGUAAUGUUGUGUUGUGAAUUUUGAUUAUAUUUAAAAUCAUUCAUAGUUCGCUCAAAGCGAAUGUUGUUUUUUUAAUUAAGGAAUUUAUAAUUACUUUCUUUGUAAGAUAAUUGUAAUUAACUAUUUAUGGAUUUAGUUUGUAUGUAUGCGACGUCUUGUGACGUUGCACGCCCAGGAGCUAAUGUGAUCAUUCUAAGAUUAAUUGUAAUAUAAGCUUUUCGUUAACCAGACAUAAAUUGAGAGGGAAGUUUUUAACGGCAAAAGAGCAGCCAUAUUUAAAAAACAAAAACGGAAUGAAACUUCUCUUUUUGAUUUUUGAAAGGUUAUACGUUUGUAUUGAGUAGUUUUCAGCUUUCUAAUACAUAAAGGAAUAUUUGUUGAUUGUUUACAUAAUAUUUUAUAAACGAACGUCUGUGACAAGAUAUCUCGUGCCUUUAAAUAGGAGUACAAAGUUCCGAAGUAUUCCCGAUGUGUAAAACGCAUCGGCUGUCUGCAACACAGUUACAAUAAAACCUAAAUUGUUUUUGUAUGCUCUGGCCGUAUGGUAGGAGAUAUACAAAAAUAAUUUUCAAAAACA